AGGGAAUUUCAAGCAAAAACUGAGUGUGACAGUUGAGACGAGAACGUUAGCGUGUUUGGACGUGUUAAAACGUGUACUUUUACACCGAGGUGCAUAUACAAAAAUUUUUCACACAAAAAUUUAGCCUCGCAGCAAAAAAAAAUCGUAAUAAAAAAAAAAUAGCAGCAGCGAAUUAAGAAAAAAAAUAAGUGAGGCAGUUAAAAAACGUGUUUUAUUCCGGCGAUGAGGCUUAUUAAAGCUCAAUGGAGAUUAAUGCCUGUAAAACUGCAAAAAUAAACAGCAAAUAUUUUGUAUAUUAAGUGUAAAACGGGCGUUUAAAUUUGUUAUUGAAAAAAAAAAAGUGUUAUUUUAAGUGUCAAUAAAAUGGUGUUUAUAAAGUGCUGAAAAAAAUACACACAUUCGCAUGAAAAUUCUCUCGAAAGUCAAAACAAAACGACCAAACCCUUAAAAAAAUAUAAUAUAAGAAGCAAAAAGAAAAAGUUUCGUUAACAACAACAGCAACAAGAAAAAAAUUACACAAUCUGUUUGAAAAAUAAAAUCGUUUUAAUUUAAUCAGUAUUUAAAAAUCUAUUAAUUUGUUUUAAAAAAAUUUUCAGUUUUUUUUAAUUUUCAAUUCAAAAAAAAGUUUUGUUUUUAUUACAUUUUCUGUAUAAAUAAAAAAAUAAAUAUAAACAAAAUAAACAAGGAUUAAUUUAAAAUAAGUGUUAAAGCAAAGGAGUCAGCUAAAAUUUAUAACUCAAGAGCAUAAUACAAAUACUAUAACUGUUGAACUGGAAUUGAUUAUUUUAAAAAGCUCCACAUUGACUUGGUCCAUUAAAAUUUUAAGAUAAUUAUUGCAAUUUGCCACAGGCAUCAAGCAGCACUAUAACAACAAUAGCAACAUCAACAUCAACAUCAUCAGCAGCAAUAGCAGCAGCAGCAACAACAAUAUAAUAUGGCCAUAAGGCUAAAUGGAAACAAGGGAAAACAACAAUUUUACCAUUAUUUUGUUUAAAUAAUAAAGAAACGUACAACAACAAAAAAAAAAACAUGAAAAUAAAAUAAUAAAAACAGUAGUGUGUAUUUUAAUUAAAUAAAUUUGUAAAGUGGAUCAAAAAUAACAAAUAACACACUCACACACGGUGUCAGUGUAAACGGUCAUUUCAGCCAACUAGACUUGCAAACGGUCUAGGCCGACGCCAGCCAUUUCUGCAGCUAGCAGCUUGAUGCAUUCAUCAUUUAACGCAUAAAAAGUUAAAGUUUAUUAAAAACGAAUUCUAAUGACGUGUGCUGCAUUGCAAAACUAUUGGCAACAAAUGCUAGAAAUCAACAGCAGCAGCAACAACUACCAGCAACUAUAUAAAAAACUAUAGUAAAUUUUCAAAGAAAUUAAAAAAAAAACUCUUGGAAACUAAAAAGAAACAAAAUAAAAGAACUAGCCAAAGUAACGAAGAAAGCAAACUUACAAACGAAUUAAAGAAAACAAAAAUUAAUCCAAAAAAACAAUGAGACUUACAACGAAAAGAAAAACGGAAAUAAAAACGAAACCAAUAAACAAACUAACGGAAGCCACACAAGACAAGGAAGUGGAGCAGCAACAAACGACCACAAACAGCAGCAGCAUUAUAAUGGCUACAGAUUUUGAGUGUCAGCAACGUUUGACGGGUGGUCGCAGUGACUGCUGCCAACCUCUAUUGAACACAUGUCACAAAACCCGCAACCCUCAGUUAACAACAAACUUACCCCGUCUCAUGCAGCAACCGCAUACUGGCCUUUUGAAACCAGCUUCAUUUUUAGCUUGGCUGGUGGCUUUAUUUGUGGUGGUCUCUUGCCUUUGUUCCAGGGUGCCCUUGGCUAAUGCUUUGGCCAACUGUCCCAAUGGCUGUCAAUGUGAUGAUGACACUUUGGUGGUGAAAUGUGGUGAAGGCACUUUGGAUGUUUUGCCAAUUGCUUUGAAUCCCUCCAUACAACGUUUGAUUAUUAAGAAUAACAAAAUCAAAACCAUUGAUUCGGGCAUACAGUUCUAUCAGGAAUUAACCUUUUUGGAUUUAUCCUAUAACGAUCUGGUUACCAUACCCCAAAGAACUUUUGCCUUUCAACGUAAAUUGCAGGAAUUGCAUUUGAAUCACAAUAAAAUUGGACAAAUUAAUAACAAGACUUUGUCUGGUUUGUCGGCGGUGACAGUGUUGAACAUAAGAGGCAAUCUAUUGGCUGAGUUGGAGGACUUGACCUUUGCCCCUUUGCUAAAGGUAGAGGAAUUGAAUUUGGGUCAAAAUCGCAUUAGCCGUAUAGGAGCACAUGCCUUUGAUGGUUUGAAGAACUUAAGGGUUUUAUAUCUGGACGACAAUACUUUGACCACAGUGCCAGCACCGGAAAAUUUCCGAGCCAUGCCUUCUUUGGCGGAACUAUACUUGGGCACCAACUCUUUUAUGUCUAUACCCAAUAAAGCUUUUGACGACUUAAAGGGUCUAACACGUUUGGAUUUAAAAGGAGCGGGACUCCAUAAUAUUUCUUUAGAAGCCAUGAAGGGUUUGGAGGGCGUUAGAUAUCUCGAUUUAUCCGACAACCGUUUGCAGUUUAUACCCCAGCUGGCCUUGUCACACUUGGAAAGAUUGGAGGAUUUGUCUUUGGGACAAAAUGAUUUUGAGGUCAUACCCACAAAUGCUUUAAUGGGCUUGAAAAAUCUUAAGAGACUGGAAAUUACGGGGGCCCAACGCUUAAGAAAAUUGGAGAAUUCCGCUUUUAGCAAUAAUGCCAAUCUGGAAUAUAUUAAUCUGUCGGCCAAUAAGCUGUUAAGUGAUAUACAAGAAAAUGCCUUUUUGGGUUUGCCACAUUUGAAGCAUGUGAUCCUGAAAGAAAAUCAAAUAUUUACUUUAGGCGAGGGUCUAUUUCCCUGGUCCGAUUUGGAGACAUUCGAUCUAUCCGAUAAUCCCUUGAUGUGUGACUGCCGUUUGUUGUGGUUGCGGUCAUUGGUAAUGACACGUAAUGGUACGAAUGUACAAAUAAAGGGGGUUACAUGUGCAGCACCGCCCAAUCUAAAGGGACAAACUUUACAGGCAGUAACACCAGCCAUGUUGGGCUGCUCACACAGUGAUCCUAAACAGCAGGCCUUAAUUGGGGUACUUUUGGUGGCCACUGCAGCUGCUAUAACCAUUUUAGCUUUAAGUAUUUACGCCUGUCGCCGCAGAAUACGCGAGUUAUUGAAAGGAGGUUGGGGCAACUCCGCCUUGGGCAGAAAAGAACGUGAAUAUCAAAAAACCUUCUCUGAUGAAGACUAUAUGACCCGGCAGCCACAAAUACCCUGUGCCAUGACAUCCACAGCUCCUUAUGCCACCACUACUAGUGGCUAUGGACAGCAUGCCAUACCCUAUAUGGGAACACGUCCCAUACCAGUCACAGAGCUAUAGCUAGAAGCACCACCCCCACCUCCCCAUAGAGGUCGGGGAUCGGCCAACAAUACUUUGCAACAACUACAAGUACCAAAUGGUGCUUCACUGUAUAAUGGCUGUGUUCCUCUACCUGAUAAUCCCGUUACAAAUACCACAACCUUUGUCAACCAACUGAACCAAAUCAAAUAUAUGACCAAUAAUACCAGAACACCCAAUAACUAUCACUCCCAGCAGGAUAUGCGCAAACUGGCUAAUGGCAAAAAUCCAAAUAUCACUUCACUGCCGCGUCACAGCAACACCUGCAGUAAGCAGCAGCAACAGCAACAACAGCAGCAGCAAGAAAGUUCCCUGACCAACAAUCAUAUCUACAGCCAGCCCAUAGUGCCCAAUGGUGUGGGUUCCUACAUUAAUACCACGCCCAAAUUUAAUACAACCGAUCGUCAUAUACGUCUCACACAAGAUCAUUUCAAUCACAAUAACUCCUCCGCUCUUAAAUAUCCGAAAUUGUAUUCCCAAACCUUGGAUGGCGACUAUCUGCACAACAAUUCCCAUUAUUCGCUGCCCGUCGAUCACAGCAUCAAUCCUGCCGAUCACAAUGCUAGUCCCUCAACAUCACCCAUCCCACCCACACCACCACCUCCAGCCUUGCCUUUACGUAAUGGCAGCUGUAACACCACGGGACGCCGUUCCACCUUAAGCUCUUUGAAUGGUAAUUCUCUCAAUAACAACAACAAUAGUAUGGCAGCUACGCUACACAAAAAUAAUACCUUGAAUAUUAAUAACAACAACAAUCAUACGGGCAGCCUGAGGCAUCAAUAUCACUGAUAUUCGUUAAAAAAGUGCCGAGAACAUAAUGGUUUGAUGAUGGGCGGGGGUUCUCGGGGCGAUUUGAUGUGGGAUGGUAAGAUGGGGACAUUUGAGACUAUAGAAAUGACGGCGUUUUUGCAUUAGAAUAACAAUGAACAAAUGAAGAGUUGAUUAGAAGCAAGAUAAAUAAAGAGCAUAUUGAGAGAUGUUGGGUUUAGAAAUUGUACACAAAUUUUAAAAUAAUAAAUUGGCCGCAUGACUAAAUACUUUUAGUUACAAAACUAAAAUUCUUUUAGUUAAGACAAUUUAAGAAAAUUCUGUAUAAAGUAGGGAACUUUGUUAUUGGUAUAAAAAUCCUUCUGCAGAAACUUUUUUUAGAAAUUCUUUAGAAUAUUGUAUCAAUUAAAAAUAAUAAAAUUUUUCACUACACGAAAAUGUGCUAAUAGUACCUGUACUAAAAAAUGUACCAUAUUAAUAUUUUAGGACAUUAUGACAAUACGACUUAAUAGGAGACCGUUUGAAUCCCCCAAUUGUAUUAAUUAAAAUAUUUUUAUCAAAUGACAUAAAUUGACGAUAAUGAAAAUAGUAGAAUAGAGUUUAGGUACCAAAAAUGUACCACUUCCUUAAGAAAAACUUUAAAUUUGGUUUUAAUACCGAUUAUUGAAGCAAAUAUUUUCAAUAAGUACCAUUUUACUUUCUUGGCUCUGUAAAAAGAAUUAAUGGAAACAAAUUUGAUACCAAAAACAAAUAAUAAACAAAUAAUGCAAAUAUUGGUAUCAAAAAAAAUAGGAAACCAUUUACACGGAGCAAAAAUACAACAAUUUUAAUUGGUACCAAUAUAAAGUAAAUUUUUUUUUAAACAAAACGUACCACUUGUUAAAGAUAAUCAGAACUAAAUAUGGUACAAUUUUGUUGUGGUACCAAAAAAUUAAUUUUUUCCAACAAAAAGUUUUUAAAUCAUCUGGAAUGGAAUUUUUAAGCAGCCAAAAUUAAACAAUUUUCUUUGAUUCAAAAAAAGUACCAUCCCAAAGUUUUAAGAGUUUUUAUUUAGUGCAAAAAGUCUUGUGUCUAGAAACAAUAGCUGUUAAUUAAUACAAAUAAAAGAGUAAAUUGUCUUUUAAUAAUAGUUUUUUUUCUUUAAUAAUUUAAUUUUUUUUCAAGAAAAAU